UCAUAACAAGGAAACUAACCCUAAAGAUGAGCCUCUCAUGUCAAAUCUUAGCCAGCUUCCUUCUGAUUUUCAUCGUUUCUACCAAAGGUGCAGCCCCUGAAAACAAUGUUGUCUGGGGUACCCUGGGUCAAGACUUCAACCUGAACAUUACUGGUUUUCAAAUGAAUGAUAAUAUAAAUGAUAUACGAUGGGAAAAAGGCAAAAUCAAGGUUGCACGACUCAAAAUGGGCCACCUUAAAGAGACAGGUGGAAGAUACAAUGUAUCAACAAACGGAGCUCUGAAAAUUAAACAUCUGAAGAUAGAGGACAGUGAUUCCUACAGGGUGGUUAUAUAUGCUACAAAUGGAAAGAACAUAUUGGACAAAACAUUUCAACUGAAGAUUCAAGGGACGGGAACGCGGGGUGUCCCGGAAUGGAGCUCAGGCGAUGGGGUUUCCAGACGAGUCCUUCCCGGGCCAACUUUUAAAGCUCUUUGUCGAGGGCGCGUGGUGAGAGUCCCCACAGGGAGCCUGGUGCGGGUGGUGGGCACUGAGCUGGUCAUCCCCUGCAACGUCAGUGACUAUGACGGCCCCAGCGAGCAGAACUUUGACUGGAGCUUCUCGUCUUCGGGGAGCAGCUUCGUGGAGCUGGCCAGUACCUGGGAGGCGGGCUUCGCAGCCCAGCUGUACCGCGAACGCCUGCAGAGGGGCGAGAUCGUGUUGAGGAGGACCGCCAAUGAUGCUGUGGAGCUCCACAUCAAGAAUGUCCAGCCCUCAGACGAGGGCCACUACAAAUGUUCAACCCCCAGCACCGACGCCACCGUCCAGGGCAACUAUGAGGAUACAGUGCAGGUUAAAGGUUAUGAGGACAAGCGCGGCGCGGCCCGGCGGAGCGUGCUGGCCCUGACCCACGAGGGCCGCUUCCGCCCGGGGCCCGGCUACGAGCAGCGCUACCGAGCUGGCGACGUGCGCCUGGACACCGUGGGCGGCGAUGGCUACCGCCUGGCGGUGACCCGCACCCUGGCCUCAGACCAGGGCUCCUACAGGUGCGUGGUCAGCGAGUGGAUCGGCGAGCAGGGCAGCUGGCAAGAGAUUCAAGAGAAAGCCGUGGAAGUGGCCACCGUGCUGAUCCAGCCAACAGUUCUGCGAGCAGCUGUGGCCCGGAGCGUGUCUGUGGCUGAGGGAAAGGAGCUGGAUCUGACCUGCAACAUCACAACAGACCGAGCAGAUGAUGUCCGACCCGAGGUGACGUGGUACUUCGGCAGGUCGCCCGACAGCACUUUGCCUGGCUCGCCCGUGUUGGCACGGCUGGACCGGGAUUCCCUUGUGCACAGCUCUCCCCACGUUGCUUUGAGCCAUGUGGAUGCACGCUCCUACCAUUUACUGGUUCGAGAUGUUAGCAAAGAAAACUCCGGCUACUAUUUCUGCCACGUGGCGCUCUGGGCACCCGGACACAACAGGAGCUGGUACAAGGUGGCAGAGGCCAGGUCUGCCCCGGCCAGUGUGGACGUGACCUGGCUAGGGCCUCUAUUUAACGCCUCCGUGCAUUCGGAUACACCAUCGGUCACCCGGGGAGAUCUGAUCAGAUUGUUUUGCAUCAUCACUGUUGAAGGAGCAGCACUGGACCCAGGUAUUUCUCUCUGUCCUCUCUCCUUGCCCUUGUCACUUUCUGCAGAGCCCAGGCCUCUCACCGAUCAGCGCCUUGAAAAGGCCAAAGUGUACAAGGCUCUCAACGUUCUGUGCAGAGACCACUGGUCACUGUCCACAGGCCGAAUGCUUGGGGAGUAA